AUUAGCGUUGUGUACUGAUCUGUGUGUGUGUUUCGCAAGCUUUCGACAGCAUGUUUUGAGUGGUGUUUGAAUCGAUUGAGUGUUGGUUUUUAGUAAUGAAUGUGUAUUGUAACAUAAAGAGUACUGGCUAAGCUAUGGCUACCGGUACGCAAAGUAUGAAAUCAAAAGGGCCGGCUCCGACCGUAGACCAAAUAAAUGCUGACAGAAUUACACAGCUUGCAAAUCGGUACUGGGCACCGUAUACCAUAGAAAAUCAUCUCCCAUUUGAUGACAGGGUCGUUGAAGAUAUAUACACAAAAGAAAUACGUGGCUCAAAUUUUUCAAUUCGCCGUAUCAUGAUGUUGGAGUUCAGCCAGUAUUUGGAGAAUUAUCUGUGGCCCAAUUACCUUACAUCAAAGUCUUCACAUGCUCACAUGAUGUCCAUUGUGAUCAUGGUUAAUGAGAAGUUCAGGGAGAGAGUUCCAGCUUGGCAGCCAUUUAGGAAGCUACAAGAACAUUUUCCUGGCUUCUUCCAACAAAUGUUGGAGGCCUGUCUAAUGGAUGAGCCAAAUUGUUCUCUUCGUGAACAGACAGCACUGUUGGUUUUCCUAAACCAUUGCUUCAACAGUAUGGAGGUGGACCUCAUUCGUGACCAAGUGAAACGGCUUGUAUCACUAUCUAUGUGGGUCUCAUUACAGCAGGGCCGGAGAGAGCAAGAACUACGAGCUGUUCCCAAAUGGAGAAAGUACUGGAAACUGAUUCAGCGCAAAGACACUCAAGAGGCGAGAGAGAAACUGGACUGGGAACGUAGAUUCCUGCAAAGACUUAUGGUCAAAUUCAUGAAGUUACUUGAAUCUUUACAACCAGAAGGUGAAGUCAGCAGUGAAGUGGUUCACUACUGUGAACGAUUUUUGGAAUUAGUAAUUGAUCUGGAAGCCUUGUUACCUACACGUCGUUUCUUCAAUACUGUACUUGAUGACUGUCAUGUAGUGGUUCGAUGUCAUCUCUCACACCUUCCACGUCUGCCGGAGGGAAACCUGUUUGCUCAGUUGCUGGACAUGCUUAAAUUCUACUCACGAUUUGAAAUCAGUGAUGAGACAGGGGACCCUCUCACAGAUCAUGACAUGACUGAGAUACAUUACUCCAGAAUUAAGUCACUACAGAAAGCAGCAUUUGCAAAGUUCCCAGAUUUACGUGACUUUUCUUUGGCAAAUGUUGCAAGUGUGGAUACAAGAGAGGCACUGUUGAAGCACUUUGGACCACUCAGCCAGGAGAAGUUGAGGAGUAUUGCAACAUAUCUCAACUUAGUCCCACCUCCUGACAAGGCUGAAGUGGAGGAUUGGUUCCGAUUUGAUAAUGACUUUCUCCUCGAACUUCUGGUGUCACGGCAUGAGCGACGUGCCUCACAGCUGCAAGCCCUGAAUGAGAUGCCUCUAUAUCCAACAGAGGAUAUCAUCUGGAAUGAAAAUAUUGUCCCAAGUGAAUAUUUCUCUGGAGAAGGUUGCCUGGCUCUACCAAAACUCAACUUACAGUUUCUCACACUACAUGAUUAUCUGCUGCGCAAUUUCAAUCUAUUCCGACUGGAGUCAACAUAUGAAAUUCGACAGGAUAUUGAAGAUGCAGUCAGUAGAUUAAGUCCAUGGAAGGCAGAAGAUGGCAGCAUCUUCUAUGGAGGGUGGGCUCGUAUGGCGCAGCCAAUUGUCAAUUUUGCUGUUGUUGAAGUGGCCAAGCCUAACAUUGGGGAGAAGCGACCGUCACGAGUUCGUGCUGAUGUAACAGUGAAUCUUAGUGUCAGAAAUGAGAUCAAGGCAGAGUGGGAAAAUCUUCGUAAGCAUGAUGUCUGCUUCCUCAUUACUGUCCGUCCUAUUGCUACCAUAGGUACCAAAUAUAGCUACCGUGAACCAUUUGUACCACAGGUGGGCCUGACAUAUGUGCGAGGAUGUGAGAUAGAGGGAAUGCUUGACCAGAAUGGACGAGUUAUUGAAGAGGGUCCUGAGCCCAAACCACAGUUACCAGGAGAGAAGCGAACUUUUCGUGUGUGGCUAGACUGCAACCAGUACCGUGCUGAUAUGGACUUGGCAAGCCAGGGAAAAGAGGAUGUGUAUGAGACCUUUAACAUUCUAAUGCGUCGCAAACCUAAGGAGAACAAUUUUAAGGCAGUGCUGGAAACAAUUCGAGAGCUCAUGAACACAGAGUGUGUUGUGCCAGGCUGGUUACAUGAUAUCAUCCUGGGAUAUGGAGAUCCAGGGGCUGCCCACUACUCCAGAAUGCCUAAUGAGAUUGCAACAAUGGAUUUUAAUGAUACAUUCCUGAAUCUGGACCAUCUUCGAGCCAGUUUCCCAGAGCAUGAAAUUCGUGUACAGACUGAUGAUCCAAAGAAACUGGUACCUCCCUUCAGGCUAACGUUUGGUGAGGUCUUAAGCAAGAAACGAUAUUCAGCAGACACUGAUGAAUUGAAAUCUUCCAAGGUGAUCACUGUGCAGCCUCAUGUGAUCCCAAGCAGAGGACCAUACCUGUUCAAUGAGCCCAAAAAGAAUGCAAUUCCAUUCACACCCACGCAGGUAGAGGCAAUUCGUGCUGGAAUGCAGCCAGGCCUGACAUUGGUUGUGGGUCCACCAGGAACAGGGAAAACAGAUGUGGCUGUUCAGAUAAUCUCAAAUCUUUACCACAACUUCCCGGCACAGCGGACGCUCAUUGUUACUCAUUCAAAUCAGGCCUUGAAUCAGCUUUUUGAGAAAAUCAUGCAACUUGAUAUUGAUGAGAGGCAUCUGCUGCGUCUUGGUCAUGGAGAAGAAGCUCUUGAAACGGAGAAAGACUUCAGCAGGUAUGGGCGAGUGAACUAUGUUCUGGCAAAACGCUUGGAUUUGCUGAUGGAAGUGCAGAGACUUCAGGAUAGUCUGAAAGUCACUGGUGAUGUUGCUUACACAUGUGAGACUGCAGGCCACUUCUUCCUGUAUCACAUCUUGGCUCGAUGGGAACGCUUCCUCAGUAGAGUCCGUCCACGUUCAGGCAAGAUUAUUCCAGUGAGAACUGUUAAAGAUGAGUUUCCAUUCCACCGCUUUUUUGAUAAUGCACCAAAACCUCUCUUCAAAUGUCAGAAUUAUGAAGAAGAUAUGGAAAUUGCUGAAGGUUGCUUCAGGUAUCUGGAGAAGAUAUUCACUCAACUUGAAGAGUUUCGGGCAUUUGAACUGCUGCGCAGCGGGUUGGACCGUUCAAAGUAUCUGCUUGUGAAGGAGGCAAAAGUGAUUGCCAUGACUUGUACCCAUGCUGCACUCAAACGGAGGGAAUUAGUUGAUCUUGGUUUCAAGUAUGACAACAUCCUAAUGGAGGAGGCAGCACAGAUCCUUGAGAUUGAAACAUUCAUUCCUCUGCUGCUGCAGAAUCCUGAAGACGGCUUUAGUCGACUUAAACGCUGGAUCAUGAUUGGUGAUCACCAUCAGCUGCCACCCGUAAUAAAAAACAUGGCAUUCCAAAAGUACUCCAACAUGGAACAGUCUCUCUUCACUCGCAUUGUGAGGCUAGGGGUGCCAACUGUUGACUUGGAUGGACAAGGCCGAGCAAGGCCAAGCAUCUGCAACCUAUACAAAUGGCGGUACAAAAGACUAGGCAAUCUGGCACAUGUAGAAAACUGGCCUGAAUAUCGUGUUGCCAACCCUGGUUUCUGGUUUGAUUUCCAACUUAUCAAUGUGGAAGAUUUCAAUGGUGUUGGCGAGUCAGAACCCAGUCCGUACUUCUACCAGAAUCUGGCAGAGGCAGAAUAUUGUGUGGCUGUGUUCAUGUACAUGAGGCUGAUCGGCUACCCAGCUGACAAGAUAUCCAUCCUCACCACAUACAAUGGGCAGAAGCAUCUCAUUCGUGAUGUCAUCAAUAUUCGCUGUGCAACCAACCCACUCAUUGGACGACCACAUAAAGUGACCACAGUGGACAAGUACCAGGGUCAACAGAAUGACUACAUCUUGCUUUCAUUGGUACGGACAAAGGCAGUUGGGCAUCUGAGAGAUGUACGCCGUCUGGUAGUGGCUAUGUCUCGUGCUCGACUUGGUCUCUACAUAUUUGCCAGGGUUUCUCUUUUCAAGAAUUGCUUUGAAUUGACUCCAGCAUUCAGUCAGCUAAUGGCCCGACCACUGAAACUGCACAUUGUUCCUCAUGAAGCUUUCCCUGCCCAGAGACUUAACAACUGUGCUCCUCAAGGAGCUCCACAGGAAGUGGAAGAUAUGCCCCAGAUGGCAGCAUUCGUGUACGAAUUCUACAUACAGAAGGUUCAGGCAAUGAAAUCAGCAUUCUAUGGAGCUCAGAAAGUGUGGCAGAAGCCUGGUGCACAGAAGGAAGUAGUUCCUGAACAUUUUGUUUCUCAUCAUCCUGGAGCAGAUGAUGACACAGACAGCGAAGAAGAACAGGAGAGAAUUAAAAGUGACAUGAAGCAGGAACAUGUGGAAGUCACUGCUGAUGAAGACCAACAGGAAAGUCCAGAGAGGAUGGAGGUAUCUGAAGAGGCAUAGACAGAUAUCACAUGUCAUGCAGAAACCAUGUUCAUUGGUUUGAUCAUUGAAAACCUUUAAAUAAAUUAUGAAGUUACAUGCAACAUAAUUAUUAUCCAUUUAGGAAGUGAUGUGUUGAGAACAGUGAAGAUAUGUGUCUGUUUGUACUGUUUUCUCUGUGUAAAAAUAUAUACAAAUACUCCAGUAAGAGUCAGUUUGCUGGGAUAAUACCCAUACUCCCUUCCAAGCCCUUUCCAUUUCAAUGUUCAUCAGUCAUAAAAUAAAAUAACCCCCACCCAAAGAAAAAGAAUGACAUGAAAUCAAGUGCCAUUAAACAAUGUGGGAAAGAAUGUUAUAUAUCUUAUGGAAAAAGUGCAAGAAAUACACACACAAACAGAUAAAUGUGUGAAGGGUGCAUGUAUUGAGACAGAGUACUUCCUUUGAAGAUGGUAUACUGCUAUAAGAUCACA